GUGGGUGGCAGUAUGCUCCUCGGCUUUUUAUUGUGUUGCGACCUAUUAAUACGAGGAAGAGGACUUUAUAAAAAUAUUGACAAGUGAGGAGAGUGAGGAGCCUUGAUCGAAUGCCGGCAGAGGAGAACUGAGAGGAGUUUUUACAUUAUGGAGGCUGUAGUUGACUUCCUAAAUGUAUUCCAUAUCAAGGCCAGUGGACUGUCAGUGACACUCAGCCUCUUCCUCAUCUUUCUGGGUCUUCUUUACUGGUAUUCAAUUUACCCCUUUUCGGUCCUUUCUCGCUGUGGCAUCAAACAUCCAAAGCCAAUACCUUUUUUGGGCAACUUAUUGAUGUUUCGCCAGGGUUUUUUCAACCCUCUCAGUGAUCUCAUAAAGACACAUGGCAGAGUUUGUGGGUAUUAUUUGGGCCGGAGACCGGUGGUGGUGAUAGCGGACCCUGACAUGCUCAGACAAGUGAUGGUCAGGGACUUCAGCAGCUUCCCAAACAGAAUGACUAUUCGCUUUGCCACCAAGCCCAUGACUGACUGUCUGCUCAUGCUGAGGAACGAACGCUGGAAGCGGGUGCGGAGCAUCCUGACCCCAUCAUUCAGUUCUGCCAAGAUGAAAGAGAUGGUUCCUCUCAUCAACACAGCCACCAAUGCCCUGAUGAGCAACUUGAAUGUCUCCGCUGAGUCAGGACAGGCCUUUGACAUCCACAGGUGUUUUGGCUGCUUCACCAUGGAUGUUAUUGCCAGUGUAGCAUUUGGCACUCAGGUGGACUCUCAGAACAACCCAGACGACCCAUUUGUCCGCCAUGCGCAGAUGUUCUUCUCCUUUUCUUUCUUCAGGCCCAUCAUGCUGUUUUUCCUUGCUUUUCCAUUCGUCAUGGCUCCUCUGGCGAGACUUAUCCCCAACAAAAGACGAGACCAGAUGAAUCAGUUCUUCAUCCACAGCAUUCAGAGGAUCAUCAAGCAGAGAGAGGAGCAGCCUCCUGAGCAGAGGCGUCGCGACUUCCUUCAGCUGAUGUUGGAUGCAAGAACCAGCAAGGAGUGCGUGUCUUUGGAAGACUUUGACACGGCGAAGCAUGCCGGUGAGCUGGAUCCCAGGAACCAGCAGACACAAGCGUCUGCCUCUGAUCCGGACGACCGUCUUCACCCAGAGGAGCCCCCCAGCAGGCGUCCGCAGAAAAAGAUGAUGACUGAGGAUGAGGUCGUGGGUCAGGCUUUCGUCUUUCUCCUGGCAGGUUACGAAACCAGCAGCAACACGUUGGCCUUCACCUGCUACCUCCUGGCCAUCCACCCCGAAUGUCAGUGCAAAGUACAGGAAGAGGUGGACGAUUUCUUCACCAGACACGAGUCGCCAGAUUACACAAAUGUCCAGGAGCUGAAGUAUUUAGACAUGGUUAUAAGUGAAACAUUGCGCCUCUACCCCCCUGGAUUCAGGUUUGCGAGAGACAUCGACCAGGACUGUGUGUUGAACGGCCAGCUCCUCCCUAAAGGAGCGACGCUGGAGAUCCCAGCGGGCUUCCUCCACCACGACCCUGAGCAUUGGCCAGAGCCCGAGAGCUUCAUCCCUGAGCGAUUCACACCAGAGGCCAAGGGCAAUCGACAUCCAUUUGUAUACCUGCCAUUCGGGGCCGGUCCCCGUAAUUGUGUGGGAAUGAGGCUCGCCCAACUGGAAAUCAAAAUGGCUCUAGUGCGUCUGUUCCGCAGGUUCAGCAUUGUGGCCUGCUCCGAGACCAAGGUUCCUCUUGAGUUGAAGUCGUCAAGCACUCUAGGACCUAAAAACGGCAUAUUUGUAAAAAUUCGAAGAAGAGACAUGGGAAAAGUUCAAGAGAAUUCUCCACCAGAUGAUUAGAAACUCACCGUUCUUCUUCUUGGAUGGUAGAAAAACCCUAUGAACAGUUACAAAGCAUUCUGCAGGUCCAUGUUGUAACAAUGGCCCAAUUUUAAAGAUCUUUUCCUUUGACAGAUAGGUAUCUCCAUAGGUAACAACAUGAUCAAGUAAAUUAGAAGUUACAGUACACGAGUUCCUUUCUUUUGGGUGAGUGAGCUAGAAAGUGGACUGAAAAUGAGAUGCGAAUAAAGAGAGGAACGUAUCUCUCAGCCUCUACCUCAGUAUGUAGCAAUAUUGCUUUUGAAUAGGCUACAACAUUGCUGUCUGUCAUAAAAGGUUAUUUAGGGGAAGCCUUUCUUUCAUUAACCAUUAUUCUGAACAAUGGUUUUAAUUUCACUUUAACCAGGUUACCAUUUCUUUUUUUCUUCCUUGCACUGUAGAAUUAGACCUUGGCACACUCCUUCACCAAAUGGCCAGUGUGUUCAACUGAGCUGCUCCCAUUGAUGCUGCUCACUCUACUUCGUCCCAUUAAUGGCAGUUAAUUAACUAUAAUUACUACCAUACAGCCACAGAUUAAGGUUGACAUAGACAGAGGUACAUAUUCUGACAAAAGGACAGACCUGUCACUUGUGUUACUGAUUAUAUUUGACUAUACUGAAGACUUGAAUAUACUGAAUCACUUGUGUGUAAUUAAAUAAUGUGAGAUUUC